ACCCAUGCAAACUAAUACUCCAACGCAAAAGAAUAACAAAUACAUAAACUCAGGCAACCUCUUUCAACAACAAAGGGAGACAACAUAUUUUACAUACAUAUACCUUUAUUAUCUCCCUCUCCCUCACAAUCCUCUUUCAUAAUUCACACACACACACAAAAAAAUGGGUUGUGGUGAAUCGAAACACGAUGUGGUGGCCGGAAACACCGUCCUUCACCACAAGAAAUCCGACACCAAAGCCAAGAACAGCAAAGACAUAGAAACCGUCCACGAAACAAAUGCCAAAGAUAACAUUGCAUACUCAUUGGUGCCGCAACAACCAGCAGCCGAAAAUGAAGACAACAAGGAGGUCGUUGGUGGUGCAGUUGUGGCAACUCGUGAUACCGAGGAUAGAGAUGAAAAAACGGCCAAGGUUAAAGACAACAAGGAGGUCGUUGGUGGCGUAGUUGCAGCGGUUCGUAACGCCAAGGACAAAGAUGAAAAUGCGGCCAAGAAUGAAGACAACAAGGAGGUCAUUAGUGGCGCAAUUGUGACAGUUCGUGACACCAAGGACAGAUAUGAAAAUGCGGCCAAGAAUGAAGACAACAAGGAGGUCGUCGGUGGUGCAGUUGCAGCGGCUCGUGACACCGAAGACAGAGAUGAAAAUGCAGCCAAGAAUGAAUACAACAAAGAGGUUGUCAGUGGUGCAAUUGUGGCAGCUCGUGACACCGAGGACAAAGAUGAAAAUGCAACCAAGAAUGAAGACAACAAGGAGGUCAUUAGUGGUGUGGUUGCAGCGGCUCGUGACAUUAAGGAAAGAGAUGAAAAUGCGGCAGCCAAGGAGGAAAAUGGUGACAAACAAAUAGAUGAAGGGAAAAAAGGUGGUGAUGUUAAAAAGCAAGAGGAAUCAGGAGGGAGGUUGAUAUCUAAUGAUUCCCUAAACGAUUACUUUACACCAAGGAAAAAUGAGGAAGGAAUUGAUGGGAUUGUAUUUGAGGAAAGGUCUGAAGAGCCUGUUUAUUACUCUCCCCACCAUGCAGACGGGAAGGAAGAUGUGUUGAAUAAAAAUGUGAAAGCUGAGAAUGCUGUGGAAGAGAAAGAAUUGGUUGAAGACACAAAAGUAGUCAAGGAAAAUGAAGAGGCCGUAAAUGAGGAUAAAGAGAAUGUGGUUAAGGACACAGAAGUGUUGAAAACAACCAUUGAUGCAAAAGUUUUGAGCUCUACUUUAGAAGAAAAGAAUCAAAAUGCCGAGGAGGAAAAUAAGGAUGAAACACCUACCAAGGAUGAGAACACAAAGUGAAUGAAGAAGAGGA